CACCACUUGUUGCUCAACCAAACACACCCUAAGCAACCAAAACCGCGCGAUGCCUCCAUUAUCCAGCAGAAGUAACGAACACCGCACCUUCCUCGCCUCAGUCACCGCCGCCGCUUCCGGCGCUCUCCGGUUACCCGUACAACAUGACCCCGUCUCCCGCUCGAAUCCUCAUCUUCCUCCUACCCACCCCAAGUCUCAUACCCCCGCCACCCGUCAGGCGGCCGCACAGAGCCUUGGCCGGAACCGCCCGCUGCGCCCCGGAGGCUGUCGCCGGCGGGGGCUUCGUCGUCAUUGAGGACGACCUCUCUGAGCUUCUGCAGAUUCUACCUAGGGAUUUACGAGAUAAUCUGCAGAAUGAACCUAGAAGGGACCAGCUGUUGGAGGUUAUUCUAGAUUUGGGGAGACGACCUGAGGCACGUUUCCUUGGUAACUCUGGUGGCCAGUAUCUACGGGAUAACGAGAUUUCACAGCUAGAGUUGGAGGAAGCUCAGAGAGCUGUUGGAGAAUUUGGAGGUGACAACCGUGCAGGAAUUGAAGGUACAUUGCAUAGAAUAUCUGCCAUAAGGAGUAGAAAAGGAAUGGUUGUUGGUUUGACCUGUCGAGUUGGCCGUGCCGUCAAUGGGCAUGUUGAUAUGGUCCGUGAUCUUUUAAACUACAAAGAGAGCAUUCUGUUUUUGGGAAGACCUGGGGUUGGCAAGACUACUGUUAUGCGUGAAAUUGCACGUGUUUUAGCAGACGAGUUCCAGAAAAGGGUGGUAAUUGUAGAUACAAGUAAUGAGAUUGGUGGGGAUGGGGACAUUCCUCAUGCUGCAAUUGGUGGCGCAAGAAGAAUGCAAGUACCUGAACCAUCAAUGCAACAUAGAGUGAUGAUUGAAGCAGUUGAAAACCAUAUGCCUGAGGUGGUCAUUGUGGACGAGAUUGGAACUGAGGCAGAGGCGCAAGCCUGUCGGUCAAUUGCAGAAAGGGGUGUAAUGCUUAUUGGUACUGCCCAUGGAGAAAGGCUUGCAAACAUCAUAAAGAAUCCAGUUUUAUCUGACUUGGUUGGAGGAGUAGAAACUGUCACUCUUGGUGAUGAGGAAGCACGUGCACGACGUACUCAAAAAAGUAUACUGGAGCGGAAGGCCCCUCCAACAUUUCCUUUUCUUAUUGAGAUGAGGGAGCGUCACUAUUGGGUCACUCAUCGGACUGAGAGGAGUGUCGAUAUGCUACUUCAUGGCAAGAAGCCACUAGUUGAGGUCAGGAAAAGGGAUAACGAGUUUGAGGUUGUCAUUGAAAGAUGGGCAACAUAUGAUGGAGAUGGACUCUGAAUCCCAAAUUUCAAGUUAUUAUUUCUUCUGCCAUGCUUCCUUUUCUUCAUACUUGCGGUCUUUGUGGAUAUUUGGUACAAAUCUAUGGAGCUUGUUAUUAAAAGGUAGAAUGGAGAGAUCCUGGUUCCUAAAGUUUGUUGAGCUUAUUUAGCAGAGUAUAAAAUAAUGAUAUUGUUACUCUUGCAAAGGAACUGAUGCUGCCCAUUAAGCUUA